CCCAACAAAAACAUCAAUCUCGCCGGAAAAUUCUCAGAUUCCGGCAACUCUAAACUAUGUCGUCGGAUAUUCCGUGUUGCGGAACCACGUUCUCGCUCUACGUCGUGAUAAUCAUAGCUCUUGUAGCGUUCGCUGGUUUGAUGGCUGGUUUAACUCUCGGUCUCAUGUCUCUUGGAUUAGUCGACCUCGAAGUUCUCAUCAAAUCUGGUCGUCCUCAAGAUCGAAUCAACGCCGGUAAGAUAUUUCCAGUGGUGAAGAAUCAGCAUCUGUUGCUUUGUACACUUUUGAUCGGAAACUCUAUGGCUAUGGAGGCUUUACCAAUAUUUUUGGAUAAAAUUGUGCCUCCAUGGUUAGCUAUUCUUCUUUCAGUGACUCUUAUACUGGUGUUUGGAGAGAUAAUGCCACAAGCAGUUUGUACUCGAUAUGGACUCAAGGUUGGAGCGAUAAUGGCUCCUUUUGUUCGUGUUCUUCUUAUAUUGUUCUUUCCUAUUUCAUAUCCAAUCAGCAAGGUUCUUGAUUGGAUGUUGGGUAAGGGACAUGGUGUUCUUUUACGGAGAGCAGAGCUGAAGACAUUUGUGAACUUCCAUGGAAAUGAGGCUGGGAAAGGUGGAGAUCUAACAACCGAUGAGACUUCUAUCAUCACAGGUGCACUUGAAUUAACUGAAAAGACAGCAAAAGAUGCAAUGACUCCCAUAUCGAAUGCAUUUUCCCUUGAGCUUGAUACACCUCUUAAUUUGGAAACUUUGAAUACAAUAAUGUCAGUUGGUCAUAGCAGAGUUCCUGUUUAUUUCAGAAAUCCGACACACAUAAUUGGGCUCAUUCUGGUUAAAAAUCUUUUGGCAGUUGAUGCCAGAAAGGAAGUUCCUCUGAGAAAAAUGUCCAUGAGAAAAAUUCCGCGUGUCUCUGAGACAAUGCCACUAUACGAUAUCCUAAAUGAGUUCCAGAAGGGUCACAGUCACAUAGCAGUUGUUUACAAGGAUCUUGACGAGCAGGAGCAAUCUCCCGAAACAAGUGAAAAUGGUAUUGAACGCAGAAAGAACAAGAAAACGAAAGACGAACUUUUUAAGGACAGUUGUAGGAAACCAAAAGCUCAGUUUGAGGUAUCAGAGAAGGAAGUAUUCAAAAUUGAAACCGGAGAUGCAAAAUCCGGCAAGAGUGAGAACGGUGAGGAGCAGCAGGGGAAAACAAGUCUAUUGGCUGCUCCAGCUAAGAAGCGACAUAGAGGCUGUUCAUUCUGCAUUUUGGAUAUUGAGAAUACUCCCAUACCUGAUUUCCCUACCAAUGAAGAGGUUGUAGGAGUUAUCACCAUGGAGGACGUUAUCGAAGAGCUUCUUCAGGAAGAGAUCCUUGACGAAACCGAUGAGUAUGUAAACAUCCACAACAGGAUAAGAGUCAACAUGCAUGCUUCUCAGGAGAAUUUACCAAGUGUAAUAACCUCGAUCACGCAAUCAUCAUCGGGUUCCACUAGUCCCAACCAAACAUCUCAUAUGGCCACACCAGAUUCAAGUCCUACAACAAAGCCAUCAAGUUCAAGUCCCACAAGAAAACCUUCAGUAUCAAGUCCUACGAGAAAGCCUUCAGAUUCUUCCCACUCCAUGGCACCAAAACAUGAAGAGUCCACCCAAACUUUAUGAUAUAUCAUAUAUAAGUGAAGAAGAUAGAUAGUUAUAUAUUCUUAAAAGAUCGUUUGUCUGUGUUUGAGAUUAAGACUGGUUAAUAGUUUCUUUGUACGUAAAGAAAAGGAUGGAUCUUUU